GGCAGCCUCGGCUUCCCGCAGCUGGACCAGCCUUGGCACAUGGAAGGAGCGGCGCCCGCUGGGUCAGCGCCGCCGGUGCCCGCUUGCAAGCGCUCGGCCGCUCGCCUUGUUUUCCCGCCUCGGGCUGGGCGCCCUCAGUAGCCCGCCCUGAGGGCAAGGGCAGCAGCGGCAGCAGCCCGCAUCCCGUGCGCCUCUCCUCCGCUUCCUUUGUGUGCGCGCGCGAGUGAGGGGAGCUGAGGCGGCGGAGGAGGUGGAGCCGCUCUCUCUCCCUCGCUUGUCAAGAGUCAGGCGCUCCGGCGGAGGGAGGGAAGGGGGAAAGGCGAAGGCAGGGAGCUGGCGGGGCGGCUCCAGAGUCUCUCCUCUCCUCCUCCUCCUCUCCGGCGGAGAGAAAGGAACUGGACGCAGCGCCGGGGCCCUUCGCCGGGCAGCCCGGGCGGCUUCUCCACCGCCUCGCGGAGGCUGAAAGGGGCGCGAGCGGAGCGGCGGCAGCAGCAGCACGUUGUUUGGCUGGGCGGCAAGGCGAGCCCCGGUGCCAGCAGCAGCAGUAGCGGGUGCUGUUGCUGCUGCUGCUUUGCUCAGCGCGGCUCCGGCACUUUGCAAUGGGUCGGGGGCGGCAGCCGGAGAGCAGCAACAGCAGUAGCAGCACCUGGGCUAGUCACUAAGGAACCCAAGAGAAAGAGGAUGGCCACCUCCAGCAACUCCAGUUUGUCGGGCUCCUCGAUUUCCUCCGAUGCCGAAGAGUAUCAGCCCCCAAUAUGGAAAUCAUACCUGUAUCAGUUACAACAGGAAGCACCUCGUCCCAAGAGAAUAAUUUGUCCUCGAGAGGUGGAGAACAGACCAAAAUACUACGGACGAGAGUUUCAUGGGAUCAUUUCUCGCGAGCAAGCCGAUGAAUUGCUUGGAGGUGUAGAAGGAGCAUAUAUUCUCAGAGAGAGCCAGCGGCAGCCUGGAUGCUAUACCCUAGCUCUCAGGUUUGGCAAUCAGACCUUAAACUACAGGCUUUUUUACGAUGGGAAGCACUUUGUAGGGGAAAAGAGGUUCGAGUCAAUCCAUGAUUUGGUAACAGACGGCUUGAUAACACUGUACAUAGAAACCAAGGCUUCUGAAUAUAUUUCAAAAAUGACAACAAACCCUAUCUAUGAACACAUUGGAUAUGCCACUUUGCUUAGAGAAAAAGUAUCCCGGAGACUGAGUAGAUCAAAAACUGAAUCGAGAAAAGCUAGUGUAACCACAUGUGAAGAAAACGCACCAGUUGAAAAGAUCACCUCUUUGGUCCGAAGAGCGGCGUUAACGCAAAACGACAACCAUUUCAACUAUGAAAAAGCACACAAUUUUAAGGUCCACACGUUCCGAGGUCCACAUUGGUGUGAAUACUGUGCCAACUUCAUGUGGGGACUCAUUGCUCAGGUCAGAUGCUCAGACUGUGGAUUGAACGUACACAAACAGUGUUCAAAAUACGUCCCCAAUGACUGCCAACCAGACCUCAAGAGAAUCAAACGAGUCUACUGCUGUGACCUCACCACACUAGUGAAGGCCCACAAUUCACAGAGACCCAUGGUAGUGGACAUAUGUAUUCGAGAAAUCGAAGCAAGAGGUUUGAAGUCAGAAGGGAUUUACAGAGUCUCGGGGUUCACUGAACACAUUGAAGAUGUCAAAAUGGCCUUUGAUCGAGAUGGUGACAAGGCAGACGUCUCUGCCAACAUAUAUCCAGACAUAAAUAUUAUUGCUGGAGCACUGAAGCUGUAUUUCAGAGAUCUGCCUAUCCCGGUUAUCACCUACGAUACGUAUUCCAAGUUUAUAGAUGCAGCAAAGCUCUCCAAUGCUGAUGAAAGACUAGAAGCUGUCCACGAAGUGUUGAUGUUACUUCCUGCAGCACACUACGAGACUCUUAGAUACCUGAUGAUUCAUCUCAAAAAGAUUACCAUGAAUGAAAAAGACAAUUUUAUGAACGCUGAAAAUUUGGGAAUAGUGUUUGGACCUACUUUAAUGAGACCCCCAGAAGACAGCACUCUUGCUACACUCAAUGACAUGCGGUACCAGAAACUCAUUGUGCAAAUAUUGAUAGAAAAUGAAGAUGUUUUGUUUUAAAUGAACAAAGCUGUAAACUCAUGGCCAUCUGCCAUGAAAAUACAAGUUCAAAGGGAAAGCAAAUUCCCAUAAGAAAAAAAAGGGUAGCACAUUAUUUUCUGCAGUGUUGCAGAUGAACACCAAAACAUUUAGUUAAAAGGGUAUGUCUUAUAGACAUAUGCCUCUUUUUUAAUUAUUUAAGAAAGAACAAAGGUCAGAAGAAAAGCAUCUUGCCUUGUAUCUUUUGCCUUGCUUCCAGUGUUAACGAUGUAGAAAGGUUACAGACUGUUCUACUGUAACUUAUUAAAGGACACAAACUUUGUAUUUUAUUUAGAUCAUUGAAGCAAAAAGGUACUUUCAACCUGAUGCUCAAAGUAUUAUGCUGGCACAGUUCCUAUUGAAAAGAACUGGGUCAGCAUAGCAGACUUGUAGGAUUGUAGUUGUAAACCCUGAUUCAAGGAGGGUAAACCAUAUAUGGGGGGGGGGCAGGUUUCCCGCAUCCCUUUUUGGCAUGCAAUGAUUUCUAGAUCAUGGUAGUUAUGUGGAAAUAAGUGGCAUUGGACUUGGUGGGAUUUAUUUUCCCCAUGACAACCAUAAUGUAGCGCUCAAGACAUGCUCUCUGUCAUUUCAGUUGUGUUCCUCUUACUGAAAAUAA